AGACUGAAAAUCUGAAACCAUGGGUAGCUUGGCUAAGCCCAAUUCUACUACAACUCUAUGCCAUCCUCACCACAUAACCGCAACCCAAAAGGGUUACCGGAGCCACUCAAUUCCGGCAAUCCGAUCAUCCUCCUUCUCAGGCGAAGGUAAUGGUAGACGACAGAUGCUGUCGGCUUUCUUGGCUGCAACAGCAGCAGUGGCAGUACAAUCCACACCAAUGGCGAUAGCCCAGAAUUGGGGGACAAGAUCCUUCAUUAAAGAAAGGUUCUUCGAACCGGGUCUAUCUCCAGAAGAUGCCGUGGCUAGAAUCCAACAGACCAGAGAGGGACUCCAUAGCUUGAGGGAGAUGUUGGAGAGAAAGUCAUGGAGGUAUGUCAUCUUCUAUAUUCGCCUCAAAUCUGCUUAUCUCUCACAAGACCUCAAGAAUGCGCUCUCCACUUUGCCUGAUUACCGCAAAAAAUCUUACAUUAAGACUGCAAACGAGCUCGUUGAUAAUAUGGCAGAGCUUGAUUACUAUAUUCGAUCACCCAAAAUAUACGAGUCAUAUCUAUUCUACGAGAAGACAUUGAAAUCUAUAGACGACCUUGUGGCUUUAUUCGCUUAGGGUGUGAGGUAACCUAGGAGUUUCUCUCUCUCU